UCCCGCCAUGGCUUGCCCGCCUCCCUUCUUUACUGGCUGCUCGGUGGGCACCGGGCGGAUCGCCGCGGCGCCGGGAGGACUCUAGUCAGGCUCCGGGAACCUCGGAAGGCGCUGAGCAGCGGCGGCCGCUCAGAACUGAGACCACUAGGCUCUCCAGAGGUGAAGACACAAGAGUUUGUGUUGGAUGACUGCCUGCAACGUGAGGAAGGACAGUUGCUUGUACAUCCCAGUGGAGAAGAGCUACCUGGGUCAGGUGGAGGCAAUAUGGGCCCCAGGGGCAGGCAGAACCCCUCAUCCCCACUGGCCCCCUCCCAGGGGUCUUGCUUCUUCAUCCUCUUCUGCUUACGGUUAGGUGCCUCCUGCCCACAGGCCUGCCAGUGCCCUGACCAUGCUGGGGCUGUGGCUGUCCAUUGCAGCUCAAGAGGGCUGCAGGAGAUCCCUAGGGACAUCCCAGCCGACACGGUGCUUCUGAAACUAGACGCCAACAGAAUCUCCCGAGUCCCCAAUGGAGCCUUCCAACACCUGCCUCAGCUGAGGGAGCUGGACCUGUCCCAUAAUGCCAUUGAGGCCAUUGGGCCAGCGGCCUUCUCAGGUCUGGCUGGGGGGCUGCGGCUGCUGGACUUAUCCCAUAAUCGCAUCCGAAGAAUUCCAAAGGACGCCCUGGGCAAGUUGAGUGCCAAGAUCCGCCUGUCCCACAAUCCACUGCACUGUGAGUGUGCCCUGCAGGAGGCCCUGUGGGAAUUGAAGCUGGACCCAGACUCCGUGGAUGAAAUUGCCUGCCACACCUCGGCGCAGGAGCAGUUUGUGGGCAAGCCACUGAUCCAGGUCCUGGACUCAGGUGCCAGUUUCUGCAGUACCCACCGGAAGACCACCGAUGUCGCCAUGCUGGUCACCAUGUUCGGCUGGUUUACCAUGGUGAUUGCCUACGUAGUGUACUACGUACGCCACAACCAGGAGGAUGCCAGACGACACCUGGAGUACCUGAAGUCCCUGCCUAGUGCUCCAGUCUCCAAGGAGCCUCUUAGCCCUGUGCCCUAGCACCUGCCUCCGGUGGGCCACUGAGCCUGGCUGCCCUGUCUUUCUGCAGCAGGUGGAGGUGAUGGUGCUCUUGUGUCCCCAGGGAGGUGCAUUGCAGCUGUUCAACCCAAAAAAGCACUUUCAUAGUUGGCAUUUUGGUCCCUGCAGCCACUGCCUAACACUGUAGCGGGGGGAGGGGGUUGCCCAUCUUAAUGGGUAGGUAAAUGGAGAUCGAGAGAAACGGAACGCCUUGCCAAGGCUGGCUUCAGCUGCCACUUAAACCCAAGCUGUUUGUGGUAUAGGUCUGUGAGCCGUCUGAUCUGCCAACCUCCCUUUCCCACACCAUGCUGUGGGAAGUGAAUACUUGUGCACGCAAGGAUGGGGCCCUGGCAGGGAGGAUGGCGCCAGCAGUUUUGCCACCGGGGAAUGGCUCAUUUCUGUUUACCCCUGCUCUCCCAGUACAUCUGAAUGCAGAGAUGUUUGCCCUUUCCCAGAGCAAAGUACCGGCAAUCUAGACCUUUGCAGAGAGGUCAGUGCAAAGUCCAGCCUGCACUGGCCUGUGCUGACCUUUGUCCUGGGAGUUCUUUAGUUGCCCUUGUGCCAAAAUGUCAGCCCAUCAAGAGGGAGAAAAUGGAGAAACACGAGAAAGGUCCAGCAUGGGCUCACCAUGGCCGUGUCAGCUGCUAAGACCACUUAUGGGCCGCCCCAGCUUCUGCCACUUCCAUCCAUUCCUGGGCAGUGGAAACCUGUCAAUCUCGGUGGCUCUUGUGCCUUGCUUUCUACUGCCAAUAUCUAAAGCAGCUGUUUUUUCAGAAGGAGGAGGGACUGAAGUUUGAGGUUGCCAUGCCAGUCAACAGGAACACUGCUUUUCUCUAGCAACAAGAACCUUCUCUUCACCUCGCUGAAAUCCCAGAGCUCACUGAUCAACUUUCUUACCUGUAAUUACUUCAUCUUCAGGGGUAGAUGUUCUAGCCACCUAACUCGACUUGACUUCCAGUUUUGUUAUUUACUGUCCUUUUGUAUAAGUGUUUAUACCCUAAGCUAUGUCGUCAUUGAGUAUCUGGGAGAAGUAAAUGAGCAUAGAAUGUG